GUAUAAAUAACAAUAAUAGUAGUAGUAGUUUGUGGCAGUGCGCGUCGCCGAUGGCCCCUACCGCCCCAUUGCCGCAACGCGCACGCGCCCAGAGCCGCGCGGGAAUGGUCGUUGGGCGGGCUGGGGGUUGGACCGCUGCGAGCAAAACACGGCAAAAGACUUUUAAAUGUCCGCCAUGUUGGCCAUGGCGCACUGAGCCAACGCUAGGGAGCGGAGCGCCGGAAAGAAACAGUCCGAGAGAGAGCGACCGAGAUCCGGGCCUUCCCCCGGCUCCGCUGGCGACGCCCUACAUACAAGCUACAAGCAUUCGAACGUCAGAGUAGCGAUUAACCGCACAGAAUCAUCCAUGAAAGCUUCACUCGUCACCGCGGUGAAUAUUAGGACAUCUUGUAGACAUCUUUUGCUUGCGGACUUGUGAAAAAAUGAGCAAAUUGUCGUUUCGGGCGCGGGCGCUGGACGCUACCAAGCCGCUACCCGUCUUCCGCUGUGAGGAUUUACCAGACCUGCACGAGUAUGCGUCCAUUAACCGGGCAGUUCCGCAGAUGCCGACCGGGAUGGAGAAAGAAGAGGAAUCGGAGCACCAUCUCCAGCGGGCGAUCUCAGCACAGCAGGUCUACGGCGAAAAACGGGACAACAUGGUCAUCCCGGUCCCGGAAGCGGAGAGCAACAUCACCUACUACGACUCGCUCUACCCUGGAGAUUACAAGAUGCCAAAGCAGCUAAUUCACAUACAGCCUUUCAGCCUGGACACGGAGCAGCCGGACUAUGACCUAGACUCAGAUGACGACGCCUUUGUCACUAAAUUGAAAAAGAAGAUGGAGAUCAGCCUCCUGCAGUUUGAGGAGAUGAUUGACCGGCUGGAGAAAGGCAGUGGACAGCAGCUGGUUAGUCUUCCUGAGGCCAAACUGCUCCUCAAGGAGGAUGACGAGCUCAUUAAGGAGGUCUUUGACUACUGGAGCCGUAAGAGGAAAAACAGCAAGGCCGUAUCACUCAUCAACAUCAUCAAGCAGGAGAAGCGGGACGGCUCUAGCACCAGCGACCCCUAUGUGGCCUUUCGACGGCGCACAGAGAAGAUGCAAACCAGGAAGAACCGUAAGAAUGAUGAGGCGUCCUAUGAGAAGAUGCUGAAACUCCGCAGGGAUCUCAGCCGAGCUGUCACAAUUCUGGAGAUGAUCAAGAGGAGGGAGAAGAGCAAGAGAGAGCUGCUGCACCUCACUUUGGAGGUCUUUGAGAAGAGGAACGUCAUGUCAGACUUCGGCGGUGAGGUUCUAGCCGAGGUUCUGGCCGAGCGGGCUCUGGUGAGGCCGCAGAUUAUUCCUCUGGUGCCACUUACCAACCAGUACCACAUGGACCACAAGGAAUACAAAUCCAAGCCUGACAAGGCCGAAGCUCCCCGUCAGAAGAGGAAAUACGAGAAGAAGCAGAAGGUGUUGCCUCUGUCAGCUGGCGCCUCGCACCACCACGGUCCGGCUGUGUUCAACGCCAAGGAUCUCAACCAGUAUGACUUCCCAAGUUCAGAUGAAGAGCCUCUGUCUCAGCUCCAUUCGGGCUCAUCAGAAGCCGAGGAGGAGAACGACCCAGAUGGUGCAUAUGCCUUUCGCAGGAAGGCGGGCUGUCAGUACUACUCUGCCCGUCAGGAUCGAGUGGGCAGCUGGCUAUGGUCAGCAGGCUGGGAGGGCGGCCUGGCAGGAGCCCGAUACCGCUACAGUCUCACCACGCUCACGGUGCCACGGCGCUGCCAGGGUCUGGCCCGGCGACGCGUGGGUCGAGGGGGCAGGGUCUUACUGGACAGAGCGCACUCAGACUAUGACAACGUUUUCCACGAGCUGGACCCCGAUAUGCUUGACCCGCCCCUUCCAACGAGUCCGUGCUCGCCAGCCGCCAGCAAGUUUGCCAGUACCUCAGAAACAAAUACCUCAGACAGAAACUCCCCCCCUCCCUCUCCCUCAUCGCACAUGGACCUCAGUCGGAUUCUUUUGAACAUAAAGUCGUGCCGAUGGCGGCACUUCAGACCACGGACACUACCACUACACGAGCUGGACAACGCCCACCCUCUGUUCCGUAGGCUGAGUCGAGGCAUCAAACGCCCGCUCUCCGCCUCUAACUCCGGAUUUCCCUCUCAGCGCCCUGGACGGGUCUUUCCCCCUGCCCCGCCCCCAGUUGCUUUAACAGUCGAGCAGUUCCAGCAGCACCACGAGCAGCUGGUCCAGAUGCAGAAGGACCAGCUGGAGCAGGUCCAGCAGCAGCAGCAGCAGGCCAACAGUGUCACCACUGCCAACAGCACACAGGUCUCGUCCAACAUGUUGGACCAGGCCAAUGCUCAGUUCGCCGCCUCAGCCCUCAUCACGGCCGACCAAAUACUGGCUCUGAAAACCAAGGAGGAACUGAGUCUGGGAGGCGGAGUCAAUGGCGUCCUCUCCCCCUCAGGUGUCUACAAGGGCUUGCACCUCUCCAGCACAGUCUCCCCUUCCCUCGCCGCUCCGGCCCCACCCACCACUAUGUCCACCUCCACCUCACUGCACCCGGGCACCGCCACCAGCUCUGCAUCCAUGCCCGCUAAAAACAACAAUAAUGGCUCCGCCCACCUCGCCAGCACCACAACCACUAACGCCACUCAGGCCCCACUGGGAAACAGCAACAGCCUCCGUCUGGGCCUACCCGUUGGCAAACGAGCCCACGCUCCCCGGACGCUAAGCAGCGCCAUGUCAACAUCCGCCUUAAAGCUUGCGCACGCAGCAGCCGCCACUGCUAACUGUCAGAAAUCUAAGGUCACCUCCGCUUCUGCAUCGCCGCUAGACAUGGUGCCAAGGGACAACCACGAGCAAGACAAGGCGCCUCUCAACAGUCUGUCAGAGAACACAAUGGCCAUGGAGGUGACGUAGCCAGCGGACUCCAUCUUGGUUUUUUAGGUGCUAUGCAUCGUCUGUUAGGCUUGAACGCGAGCGGCGGACUGAGCGCGGUGGAGCCGUGUUUCUACGGCGGCGACUCUGAGAGCCAAUCGCGAUGCUCGUCUGGUAUAUACCCCCCCCCCCCCCCCCCACUUCCUUCCCUCCCGUCCCCAUUUCCAUAUUUGUUACUGUUAAUAAGAGAUUGUCUGUAAAUUCUUAAUAUGGCAAUUAUAUGUACAGUACUGAAUAUUUGUACCCCCUCCUUGUAUAUAACAUUACUUGAAUACAAAAUUGUUCAUUUGUGAUGUUUUGCACUCGACACAUUGGGGGGAAAAAAAAAAUCCAAAUUAAAGAGAACAAACUGCAGCUGGUGCGACAAGUGUCAACGUGUCACGUGCGUGUGCACGGAGCCUGCUCCCCGUCUAUUUAUUGUGCCGUGUUUACUAAGUCUGCAAUUCCACGCCCACUUUUUGUUUGCCUGGCACCGCGCCCUCCUUCCUGCCUGCCAUGUUGGUGUGUGUGUGUGUGUGUGUGUGCGUGCGCGCAUGAGUGACUCUGUGCACGGGCGGCAGGUGUGCGUCUCUACACAAAGCUCUUCCACACAUCAUCAUCAAGAUUGUGUCCCACAAUGCUUUGCUGCUGUGUCCAAGCACUAUUGAUGUGUGUCACGUGACCAUGCUGCUUUUCUAUGAUUUAACCCUUUAGACACUCAUUGUUUUCUAAAAUAAAUAUUUUUGUACCUCCCACUUUUUUUUUUAAAUUUCUUUUGAUUUGACUUUGCCAUUGUUUUUGUUUGUUGCUGAGGGACAUCAUGGAUCAUUCCACUUCGGACAAAAGCGACAUUUUAUUGACAAAUGAAAUAAAAUCAACUGACUCUUGAAGACUGGGACGCAUCAAGGGUGCCUUUCAUUUUUGGCAGCAGGACAAAACAAAGCAGAACUUCUCUUCUGUGAAGAGUUUGGUACUGAACACGGCUACUUGUAGUUAUUUUCUUUUUCUGUCUGUAUCCCCCAUCCUCCGCCUAGCCCACUCCAGAGGCCGCUUGUUGAUUUGUCUGCUUGUGUCGACACUUCAGCACAGUGAGGCGAAGGUGUCACUCAUGAAAUAAACAUCCAGGGCAUUACAUGUUUCCA